UUUCCCGCCGCUUGGUUUAAAGGCAGGGGGCGGGGCGCGCGCCUUAGGUGCGCACGCGCAAUUCCCAGUUGGGUCUCCUCUGUGGCUGUCCGGGCGUUUCCAACUCGCCUGGGACUCCCCCUUGUUCUCCCGAGGUCACUCCGCACGGCCUGGUCCGCCCGCGGGGGUGCGGCUGUGAUGGAAAGGGGCUUGGAACCUUUACUAUAAGACAGAAGCUUCCCAGGAAUUUCCGCCUCUGAACUUCCCAUCCAACUCAGACCCGAAAAAAACAGGCCUCGUCAUUUCUGUGUCCCUUGGCUCAUCCACUGAUGUGUGGACUUGAGCAUGAUGAAUUGUGAACUUCUUGCCACAUGUAGUGCCCUUGGGUACUUGGAGGGAGACACUUACCACAAGGAGCCAGAUUGCUUAGAGAGUGUGAAGGACUUGAUCCGCUACUUGAGGCACGAGGAUGAGACACGGGACGUGCGGCAGCAGCUGGGAUCGGCUCAGAUCCUGCAGAGUGACCUCCUGCCCAUCCUCACCCAGCAUCGCCAGGACAAGCCUCUCUUUGAUGCUGUUAUCAGGCUGAUGGUGAACUUGACACAACCAGCCUUGCUCUGCUUCGGCAGCAUGCCCAAGGAGCCCAGCUUCCGGCACCACUUUCUGCAGGUGCUGGCAUACUUGCAGGCUUACAAAGAGGCCUUUGCCAGUGAGAAGGCAUUUGGGGUCCUCAGUGAAACUUUGUAUGAGCUGCUGCAGCUGGGCUGGGAGGAACGCCAGGAGGAAGACAACUUGCUGAUUGAGCGGAUCCUGCUGCUGGUCAGAAACAUCCUCCAUGUCCCCGCUGACCUUGAGCAGGAGAAGCGGAUUGACGAUGACGCCAGUGUGCACGACCGGCUUCUCUGGGCAAUCCACCUCAGUGGCCUGGAUGACCUGCUCCUCUUCCUGGCCAGCUCACCUGCGGAGCAGCAGUGGAGCCUCCAUGUGCUGGAGAUCAUCUCCCUUAUGUUUCGUGACCAGAACCCUGAGCAACUGGCAGGAGUAGGGCAGGGACGCUUGGCUCAGGAGCGGAGGACAGAUGUGGCAGAGCUGGAGGUCUUGCGCCAGCGAGAGAUGGCAGAAAAGAAGACUCGAGCCCUGCAGCGAGGCAACAGGCAUUCUCGGUUUGGGGGUUCCUACAUCAUCCAGGGCUUGAAAUCCAUUGGGGAGAGGGACCUUGUCUUUCAUAAAGGUCUCCACAAUCUCCAAAACUAUACUUCCGAUUUGGGAAAGCAGCCCCGACGGGUGCCUAAACGUCGCCAGGCUGCCCGGGAGCUGUCCAUCCAGCGCCGCUCUGCCCUCAACGUGAGACUCUUUCUUCGGGACUUCUGCUCAGAGUUCCUGGAAAACUGUUACAACCGCCUCAUGGGCUCGGUGAAGGACCACCUGCUUCGGGAGAAGGCUCAGCAGCACGACGAGACCUACUACAUGUGGGCUCUGGCUUUCUUCAUGGCCUUCAACCGAGCUACCUCCUUCCGGCCAGGCCUGGUUUCUGAGACACUCAGUGUCCGCACCUUCCACUUCAUUGAGCAGAAUCUCACCAACUACUAUGAGAUGAUGCUGACCGACCGCAAGGAAGCCGCCUCCUGGGCACGCCGGAUGCACCUGGCUCUGAAGGCGUAUCAGGAGCUGCUGGCCACGGUGAAUGAGAUGGAUGUGUGCCCAGACGAGGCUGUGAGGGAGAGCAGCCGCAUCAUAAAGAACAACAUUUUCUACGUGAUGGAGUACCGGGAGCUCUUCCUGGCUCUCUUUCGGAAAUUUGAUGAGAGAUGCCAGCCCCACUCUUUCCUUCGUGACCUAGUGGAAACCACCCACCUCUUCCUCAAGAUGUUGGAGCGGUUCUGUCGGAGCCGUGGGAACCUGAUGGUGCAGAACAAACGAAAGAAAAGAAAGAAGAAAAAGAAGGCCUUAGAUCAGUCUGUUGCUUCUGGUAAUGCCCCCUACAGCCCAGAGGAGCUGGAGGCCAUGUGGCCCUCCCUGGCCGAGCAGCUGCAGUGCCGUGCCCAGGAUUCUGAGCUCAGUUUGGACUCGGUGGUUCCCUUUGAUGCGGCCUCAGAGGUGCCAGUGGAAGAGCAGCGGGCAGAAGCCAUGGUGCGGAUCCAGGACUGCCUCCUGGCUGGCCAGGCCCCGCAGGCCCUGAGCCUCCUGAGGUCUGCCCGAGAGGUGUGGCCAGAAAGAGAUGUGUUUGGUGCUCAGGACAUCUCCCCAGAGGAGGAGAUCCAGCUACUGAAGCAAAUCCUCUUGGCCCCGCUUCCCCGCCAGCAGGGGCUGGAGGAACAAGGGGCAGAGGAAGAAGACGAAGAAGAGGAGGAGGAGGAAGAGUUAGAAGUGGUCCAGGUGUCGGAGAGAGAAUUUAACUUUUUGGACUACCUGAAACGCUUCGCAAACUCAACCGUCCUCCGAGCCUACCUGCUGCUGCUGCGGAGCUACAAGCAGAACAGCGCCCACACCAACCACUGUGUGGUCAAGAUGCUGCACCGGCUGGCCCACGAUCUCAAAAUGGAAGCCCUGCUUUUCCAGCUUUCCCUCUUCUACCUCUUCAAUCGUCUGCUCAGUGACCCUGCUGCUGGGGCCUACAAAGAGCUGGUGACUUUUGCCAAGUAUAUCCUGGGCAAGUUCUUUGCUUUGGCUGCUGUCAACCAGAAAGCCUUUGUGGAGCUGCUGUUCUGGAAGAACACUGCUGUGGUUCGAGAGAUGACUGAGGGCUACGGCACCCUGGAUGGCGGAUCUUCUAGCCGCAGACUCCCUGGAUGGAGCCCAGAGGAGGAGGCCCAGCUUCGGGAACUGUAUCUUGCCCAUAAGGAUGUGGAAGGUCAGGAUGUGGUGGACACCAUCUUGGCACACCUGAAAACUGCUCCUCGGACACGCAGGCAGGUCAUCCACCAUCUGGUGCGGCUGGGACUGGCUGACAGCGUCAAGGACUUCCAGAGGAAAGGAACCCAGAUUGUGCUGUGGACGGAGGAUCAGGAGCUGGAGCUGCAGCGGCUUUUUGAGGAGUUUCAGGACUCCGAUGAUGUCCUGGGUAAUAUCAUGAAGAACAUUACAGCCAAACGCUCACGGGCCCGAAUAGUGGAUAAACUGCUGGCUCUGGGGCUGGUGGCUGAGCGGCGGGAGCUGUACAAGAAACGCCGGAAGAAGCUGGCACCCUCGAGCUUGCCUAAUGAAGAGGAAUCCUUGCACGAUUUUUGCCAGGAAGAUCUAGAAGAAGAGGAAAAUGUGCCAGAGAAAGAGAAUGAAGAGGAUGAAGAGAAAGAAGGCUCAGAAGCAGAGCAACCCCAGGGUGGCUCCGUCAUUUCAGCUGAAUACCUUGGGCAAAGUCUGCACCAGGAAGGCUUUUCUGCUCCCCUCCUCUGGCUCCAGAACUGCCUCAUCCGAGCAGCAGAUGAUCGGGAAGAGGCCGGCUGCUCCCAGGCAGUUCCGUUGGUGCCACUGACAGAAGAAAAUGAAGAAGCGAUGGAAAAUGAACAGUUUCAACAGCUGUUGCGAAGGCUAGGGGUUCGGCCUCCUGCCUCUGGACAGGAAACCUUCUGGCGAAUUCCAGCCAAACUGAGUCCCACCCAGCUCCGGAGGAUGUCAGCUUCCUUGAGCCAAGCAGAAGAGGAGGAAAAGCUUCAGUUAGGAUUAGAAUCUAAGGUCCCUGGGGAGCCAGGCCUAGAGGAGGAGCACCAACAGGAAGAGGAGCAUCAACAAGAGGAGGAGCAUCAAAAGGAGCACCGAGCACAUGCCCUGAGGACCCUCGUGUUAGCCCGGAAAAAGGAAGCAGGCCUGGUGUCGCCAGAGGAGGAAGGGACCAGUGGUGGGAAAGAGCAGCUGAUAAUGGCACCCAAGAAGCGACAACUGCUGGACAGCGAUGAGGAGCAGGAGGAAGAUAAAGCACCAGAGUUGGGAGUUCCAGGAAUCCGGAAGAAGAAACGGUUUCAGAUAGAGGAUGAUGAUGAGAGCGACUGAAGAUGCAGAUGCCCAGGGCAGAGAUAUACCCCAUUUUUAGGUGGUGAAUUUGAAUCCGAGUUUGGAGGGGCAUACAGGACCUGGAAACUCCUCUUACUGGACAGCAGCUGUGGAGCCCCGGACUUCCCCAUGGAUUUAGAGUCCAGGAAGUCCAGGCAACAGUGUUGGCCUCCUGUUACUUCUUCCUUCUCCCAGUUUUAUCAGGGUGCCUCAGUAGCUCUCUGGAGACUUAUUCCUCUUCUUUGGUUUUAAUAGCACUCCCUGGUAAAGGAGAGGUGUGAAUGAAAUAUAGAAGGCACCUUGGACCCCUCUUAGUGGUCUGUUGUUUUGGCUUUCUGCUGGAGGUGGGUCCCAGCACUAGAUGGGGAGUCUUGUGACAUGAUGAGUGUGGGUGUUGGAGCAUUUUAAAAAGGCUCCCAUUCUCAUAUUCUUUCCUGUGAUCAUCUUUGAAACACCAGAUUGAGCCCAGUUCCUGCCACUGAAGUAAGGCUGAGAUGCAGUAUUCUAGAGGUGAUGAAUACAUUUGGUUGGUGUUUGGCAGCGAAUUAAACAUGUAAAAUGUAAA